AUGGGCGACACGAGGUCUGGCGACGGCUCUCCACGCGCUCAGCAGCAGAGUGGGGGCUUCAGAAGACAAGGAAGUGUCGACGAACGGAUUCGCUCGGGUAGUGGGAGCUUUGCAGCUCCAGACGACCACGCAGACGACGAUGCGUCCAUGUCCAAUGACGAAUCCAUGAGUUCUUCCUCAUCUUUUGACCAAUUGAAGCAACAAGAGCAACAUUUAAAGCAGGCAAGGGGUCCUUCUGGUCGUACCAAGUCUUUUAACGACUUUGCAAGGCAAUUACCGUACCAGGAUCCCAGUCUAAACGUCGCUCCACGGUCCACAAGCUUCUCGUUUGAAGUGGUGGACGCUUCUCUAAUGGGGACUGUGGAAGAUGCGAAUUCGGAUAUAGUCAUGGAGACGUUGGAACGUACGGGAGUGAGUGCAAAAGCCAUGAGAGAGCAAGCUGUGUAUCUGAGGGUUCGGGUGGGAGAAAACUUGGACCCAGGCGUGUACGAACUGCCCCUGCGAGUGUUUACCCAAGCGAGGCUGCUCUUGGACGUCGCGGGCCUCGUGCAGAACGCGCUGUACACGUCUUGGUGUCGGCUCAUUCGAAAGCAGCGCUCUUCCUGCGUGCGUCGCAGCUGUCGCGUCACAUGCCUCAUGGCCUCCAUCGCAGCACCUGACAAGCGGCAAAAGAAGCUGCCGCUGCUGCUUCUGGACGAGCGCACCAGCAGCGACUUCCCCACGGGUUCCUCCGAGUCCUCUGUGGUGCCGGAGCUGCCCAUGGCCUUUGACAUGUCGGCCAAUAGCAACGCCAGCACAGCCAGUGAGAUGACGAGCACCAGCAGCAGCGCGAGCGCCAGCAGCUCCAGCCGCGGCGUCAAGUGGUGGAAACGAGUGACGGCUAUGAGAGCAAAGAGAAGACGAAGUGGAAGCAAACAGGAGAGCAAAGAGAAGACGAAGUGGAAGCAAACAGGAGAGCCGUCCGAGUCUCGAUCAGGAGCUCCGUCGGUGGGUGAAAGUAGCAGUAGCAACAAUAGCAGCAAGAAGAGCAACGAACGCACGUACCUCUUCUUCAUGGCCUGCCAGUGCCCAUUGUGCACCGAGAUCUUAAGCCGCUGA